AUGGAUCCAUCUGCUCAUGCAGGUCGGCAGACAAGGGGUCAAGAAUGUGAGCAGAAUGUGCGUCGAUGGGGGGCCCAAGAGAACAAUGACGAGAUUAAGCUUAAAUCAAGAAGCGAGGGCUGUGAAGAGCCAUUGGCUCCAAUUGUGGACAAGAUAAAUGGUCAACCCAAAGCUGCAGUAAGAUCGUUUAUCCAAUUGGACAAGCUUAACAAGUGUGUACUUGUAGAAAAAUGCCUUUUCAGGUUGAAUUCUACAAUGAAUAUCAUUCAUGGAUCAACCGAGACAUAGCCGAUGGGUUCUGGCUUGCUUGAAGCAAUGCUGUACUUGAGGAGAAGUAUGGAGGGGCUCCGUCUCUAAUUGAUUUUGUUGGAAGGUUCUGUCCCCUGAAGUCUGGUUUUGUGGUGUAUCAAAUACAAAGAUGUAGAUAAGCCUUACAAAUUCCCACAUUGGUUACUAUAUUUAGCAUGCAAUUGUGGUGGUUGGUAGAAAUUUGACUCCAUGCCCAUUAUUAGCGAUUGACUUGUUGGGAUGACAAAUGGAUUCCCUCGAUCCCACAAUUCAAAAUCUUAUCAGCCAAACCGCAAACUGCAACAUCGACUUGGUCCAAGAGGUGAUUAAUCAAGGCACCAGAGAAUGGAACGAAAAUCUGCUCAGAGAGUUGGUUACGGAACAAGAAAGGAAAGCUAUCAUGGCUGUAGACAUUAAAUUUUUUAAUGUCUACAAUGGCCAUUCCCAUUUUCAAAAACUGGAGGAGAUGACAGAAGGAUGUGGUACCCCAACAUGAACAGAACCUCUACGGUCAAGUCAGGCUUUGCAAUGGCAAAAAAUCAUAGCCAAAGCCACAAGUCAACCCGUGGUCGCUCUUCUUCCCAGGUCCACUCAAACUUGUGGAAAAUUAUUUGGAAUCUUAAAGUCAGUCCCAAGAUAAAGCAUUUCUGGUGGAAAGUAUGUGAUAAUGCCUUGGCAAUACAGGAAAAUCUUUUUAGAAGGAAAAGCGUCUCAACCCCAAUUUGUCAAGUGUGCAAGCAAGACGUGUAAGCAGUGGAGCACAUGCUAUUUACAUGCGAAUGGACCCAACCAGUCUGGUUUGGAAUAGAUCUUGGCUACAGGGCAAUCAAGUAUCCUUUCCCAACAAUCAAGCAAUGGACCUCCUCCCUCAUAGAAAAUCUGCAGGAAGGCAAUUGGCGAGGAACGUGAUCAGCAGAGCACCAACAGUUGGUUGGAUGAUUUAGAAAUCACGGAA